AUGACUGACCUCUCUCUACCAGCUUUGUGUGUAUGGACACUGCUGAGCCUCCUCCUCUCAGGAGUGCUAUGCAAUCUGGAGGGAGCUCUGCACAGGGAUCUGAUGAAAGGAUACAACAAAAACAUCAGACCAAUGGAGAACAAUGGUGACAUCACGGAGGUCAAACUGAAGAUGACCCUCACCAACCUUAUUUCUCUGAAUGAGAAGGAGGAGACGCUGACCACAUGUGUCUGGGUAGAGAUGCAAUGGUAUGACUACAGACUCAGUUGGGCUAACAGGCUAGGAUAUGAGGCCUAUGAGAACAUUACACGCACACGCAUUCCCUCCAAAUCCAUCUGGCUUCCUGAUAUCAUACUGGAGAACAACGUUGAUGGACAUUUUGAAAUUACACUCUAUACUAACGCUCUGGUAGACCCAGAUGGAAUGGUCUAUUGGUUGCCCCCAGCAAUCUACCGCAGUGCCUGCGCCAUCAAAGUCAACUACUUCCCCUUUGACUGGCAGAACUGCAGUAUGGUCUUCAGGUCUCAAACAUACAGCGCUAAUGAGAUUGAGCUAAAGCUAACAGAUGAAGAAAACUCAACAGUGGAAUGGAUUGAGAUUGACCCAGAGGCUUUUACAGAGAAUGGUGAAUGGAUAAUAAAGCAUCGGCCAGCUAAAAAGGUGAUAAAUGAGCGGUUCAGCCGAGACGAGCUGGACUAUCAGGAGAUCAUCUUUUUCCUCAUCAUCCAGAGGAAGCCACUCUUCUAUAUCAUCAACAUCAUCGUGCCCUGCGUCCUCUUCUCCUCCCUCGGGCUGCUUGUCUACCAUCUGCCGGCUAAAGCUGGAGGUCAGAAGUGUACCAUGUCCAUUACCAUUCUGCUGGCCCAGACUGUCUUCCUCUUCCUCAUUGCCAAAAAGGUUCCAGAAACCUCUAAGGCCGUCCCACUGAUUGGGAAGUAUCUGAUGUUUGUGAUGACUGUGACUGCAAUCACGGUGAUGAACUGUGUGGUGGUGCUAAAUGUCUCUCUGAGAACUCCCAACACACAUCCCAUGACUGAUAAAGUCAGGAAGGUGCUGUUGAACAUUCUUCCUCGGCUUCUGAGGAUGAGGAUGCAGCGCUGGACUCCACAGGGCAGAGUAAAUGGCACAGUAAAUGGACCUACUGUCCCCUUGAGGAGACGCAGCUCACUGGGACUGAUAGCGAAGGCAGAUGAAUACAUGCUGAGGACGGCGCGCUCUGAGCUGAUGUUCAGCAGGCUGAAGGAGAGAGAUGGUCUUAUGAGAAAUGCUCUGGAAAAGAUCCAGAACGGCCUAGAGGGAGACACUGUGCAGGAUCUGAGCUCUAGUCUGGCCAUGGCUUCACCAGAGGUGCAGCAGUGUGUAGCAUCCUGCAAACACAUUGCUGAGAGCACCAAACAGCAGAAUGACUUCCAAAGUGAGAAUGAGGAGUGGUUUCUGGUUGCCCGAGUGAUCGACAGGCUCUGCUUCAUCGCCAUGGCUAUGCUGUUUGUCCUGGGAACCAUUGGAAUCUUCCUCAUGGGCCAUUUCAACCAGGCUCCAUCUCUGCCCUUCCCUGGAGAUCCCAAAAAAUACCUGCCCGAAAUGUCCCCCACAAAUGUCACAGGCUGACUUUGACCAGACUGUGGCAAACUCUGGAAUAUUUAAGCCAGAUUUUACCUCAGGUGGAGAACAGUGGCCAGUCCAGCUCCAUUACUGCUGAAACAGCUGAGUUCUCCAGCUUGUGCUGUCAGUGGCCAUCGCACAUUACCCUACUGUGCCUAGACUACAAUACUCACAGUGCUUUGCUUGGCCUGAGGAAUUUGAGCCAUUCUUGCCAUUUUGUAUUUUUGUUUUUGUACUGUAAGAUUGUUGGAGCUUGUUUGAGAUUCUUUUACAUUAUGUGAAUGAGGAUCUCCUGUUCAGGAAACUCACCUCAGAGCAAUACUUUCUAAAUGAAAGAGGAAUUCCACAAAUUUCUCAUAACACUGUAAUAUUUCACUACAAUUCAUUUAAAUUGGAAUGCACAAUUACAGAUCAUUUGCUGACAUUGUAAAGUCAGUCAGAGUGGUUUAACAUGAAAUGCAUCAUUUUAGAGAAAGUUACAGAGUCAGAACUGUUAACGGUGGUGGUAGGAACCAGAUUGAGUUUGAUGCUUCUAAAAGCUACAUCAAAAAAGCUAUAAGAUGAAAUUGUUAGAAAUGCACUACUUAAUGGCUUAGACAUAGUUUUAUGAUAGUCUUGAGAAGGUUUGAGUCUAAAAUGUAUUUAUAAAACACAUUUUGUAGAUUUCCUUUUAUUUUACUAUAGUCAGCAUUACAUAUUAAAUUUAGAAGACAUGCGCAGGUUGACUGGUCAUUUUGGGUAGUAAAUAAAAGAGCAAUAUUUGUGUUGUAGACUCUAGUUUCGCUUCCCACCUCUGUAAAGAACUCUGAGUAAGUCAAACUCAGUCUAAGCACUCUGUUUACAUCUCAUGUAGAAAUGUAGAAUUCCCCUUUAUCAUUUUCUGUUGUCAUUACAAUUAU